CCUCAAACCCCCGACCGUAUUGUCGGAGUACCAGUUGCCGCCGGGAGAACCUCGGCUCCCGCUUGUCCCUGUUAUCCGCCUGAAUUUCGUAUUCGCAGCUUCCAAGUUUGAAUCUUUUGCAUGCGCCACGCUCGUUCUCAUCUCGUUAGAGCUAAAUUAUGCAAUGAGCAGCGGAGAUAGUUUUCGCUCGUCUGGGAGCUCAUUGAUGCGAAGCAGGCAAGAAGUUUGAUACUUGCGAGCUCUUCGUUAACGAUCCGUUCUCUUAGUCGGUAAUUGGAUUGUGGCGUCGAUUCGUCUGUGGCGCUGUUUGUUUUUGUUUCUGCAGAGUUGCAGAAGCUUUUCAAUGGCUUGGAGUGCGAUUGGUGGAAAGGGUAUUCGGUCUCCUCUGGGCAGACGCGCCAUGUUAUCAUCUCAAGAACAUUUAGUUAGGUUAACCUCGAAAAUUAAUCUUGACAUUGCAGCGAGAUCAGUUUCAGCUUCUAGUAGUAGACAAGGCUUUACUAGCGGCUCUCUUUCACCAGGGAGUUCUCAUGGCAAUGUUCUCACUAAAGAAUCCUUCAUCAGGUACUUUCAUGGAACUCCGGCUCUAUAUAGUAGAAAAGCAAUUGAUGAGGCCUUGGGUUUAAAGACAGAAAGGAAAGGGAAGUUUAAGAGAAGGGACAAGGCACAGAUGAAACCGCCUGUUGAAGCUAAAUACGUGCCCCCAAAACUAAAACAGCAUAUGAAGUCCUCUCUAGAUAAAAUGGUUGACAUAUUUGAAGGCAUGACCAUUGUUGAACUUGCCAAGCGUACUGGUGAGUCAAUCAGCACCUUACAGGAUGUUCUUGUUAAUGUUGGGGAAAAGCCCGGGUCAGAGUUUGAUCCUCUCAGCAUUGAUGUUGCGGAGCUCAUUGCUAUGGAGGUUGGGGUCAAUGUCAGGAGGCAACAUUCUAACGAAGGCUCACAAAUCCUUCCACGAUCACCAGUUGUUACAGUCAUGGGUCAUGUCGACCAUGGAAAGACUUCUCUUCUGGAUGCCCUACGCCAAACAGCAGUGGCAGCCACUGAAGCUGGUGGAAUAACUCAGCACCUUGGUGCUUUCGUGGUAGGGAUGACUUCUGGCGCAUCAAUCACAUUCCUUGACACGCCAGGCCAUGCUGCAUUCAGUGCAAUGCGAGCAAGAGGGGCAGCAGUCACUGACAUUAUCGUACUUGUAGUUGCUGCUGAUGAUGGGGUGAUGCCUCAAACUUUGGAAGCUAUGUCCCAUGCAAAAUCAGCCAAUGUGCCCAUAGUGGUUGCAAUCAACAAAUGUGACAAGCCAGCUGCUGACCCAGAAAGAGUCAAAGUUCAGUUGGCAUCAGAGGGUUUGCAGCUAGAGGAAAUGGGUGGUGAUGUCCAGGUAGUUGAAGUAUCUGCUGUUAAGAAAACCGGGUUGGAUGACUUGGAAGAAUGCUUGCUUCUUCAGGCAGAGUUGAUGAACCUGAAAGCUCGUGUCGAUGGUCCAGCUCAAGCUUAUGUUGUGGAGGCAAAAUUGGACAAAGGUCGUGGACCACUGGCUACAGCAAUAGUAAAGGCAGGAACCUUGGUCACUGGGCAGCAUAUUGUGGUGGGGUCAGAGUGGGGGAGAAUAAGAGCUAUAAGGGAUAUGGUGAGGAAGUUGGCACAGCAGGCGACACCUGCGAUGCCGGUUGUGCUUGAAGGGCUGAAGGGGCUUCCUAGGGCCGGAGAUGAUAUCGUAGUUGUGGAGACUGAGGAGAGAGCUAGAAUGCUGAGUGCUGGUAGGAAAAAGAAGUUCGAAAAAGAUCGGCUGAGACAGAUCAUGGAGGACAGGCCUGUGGUUGAGGAACCAUCAGAAGAAGACGGGCCUGUAGCUGUAAGGGUUGAGAUGCCGAUCGUAGUGAAAGCAGAUGUUCAAGGAACUGUCCAGGCUGUCACUGAUGCUUUGAAGACUUUAAACAGUCCUCAGGUAGUUUUCGUGAAUGUAGUCCAUGUAGGCGUGGGUCCAAUCAGUCAAUCCGAUAUCGACCUAGCUCAGGCUUGUGGUGCCUGCAUAAUUGGAUUCAAUGUCAAAACUCCACCGGGUUCAGUCAGUCUUGCAGCAACUAAAUCCGAUGUAAAGAUCAUGCUGCAUCGAGUCAUCUACCGCCUUUUAGAGGAUGUGGGCAACAUGAUAGUAGAGAAAGCUCCCGGGACUUCCGAGACUCACGUAGCUGGAGAGGCCGAAGUCCUUAGCAUCUUCGAACUGAAGGGGAGGAGCAAAGCUGCUGGAGGCGACAUGAAGAUCGCGGGCUGCAAGGUGAUAGACGGACGAGUCAGUAGAGCAUCGACGAUGAGGCUCCUUAGGAGCGGUGAAGUCGUGUUUGAAGGAUGCUGCUCGUCGCUCAAGCGAGAGACACAAGAUGUGGAUUCAGUUCGUGAAGGGAGUGAGUGCGGGAUGGUGCUCCGUGAUUGCCAAGAUUACCGUGUCGGAGAUGUGAUCCAGUGCUUGGAGCAAGUCAUUCGGAAGCCCAAGUUCGUUUCUUCGCAGAGUGGUGCUGUUCGGAUCGAAUGCUGACGCACACCCUCUGAGCACUGUUCUUUCUAGUUUGCAGCCUGCAAAGAAGUUUUGAUGGAGAAGUGUUUUGAGAAUUGAUCAAACACCCAUAUAUAUUUUCUUUGUUCUACACGGUAAGAGUAACUUCAAUUCAUCAAGAAUAGAGGAGGCAAAAGACUGAAUAUUCUUUUCAGGGGACAUUCCCUUAAUGUGGAUCAUGAUUAAUGAAGUUGGAGAACUAGUCCUUUUGUGUUGCAUGGAAUACGCAGCAGAUGAUGAAAACAGACUGUCCUUGUUUUACAUAGGCUUCUUUCAAGUGUUGGAAAGAUAAUAACCUUCUGAGAAUGUAUUUUUUGUUUUCAAUG